AUGGGAACAUGGAAUGGUUUGUUUAGAGGAAAUCUCUCAUGGGGCGGAUCUGAAGGGGGAAAUCUCUCAUGGGGCGGAUCUGAAGGAGGUGGAGAUAGAAAGAUAAUUCAAAUGGAAUCCAACAAAUAUUGCAAAGAUGUUCUGAAUGUGAAUAUCUUCAAACUAACUAGAUUUGGUUUUCGAUGGGUUGAAGUGAAUGGAAAGGAGACUACUACUCUUUAUAACUUCUUGAAUUCAAAGAAAGGAGGUUUUUUGGGUGAUGGCAUCAAGUGGAUUUUCAAUAAGUUCUUUGUGGACAAAGGUGGAAAAGUCGUGGAAAGAUAUGCAUCGUCAACCUCACCUUUGAAAAUGGAGGCACAACUUUGA